AUGAAAUCCAAGUAUGACAAGUGUUGGGGUAAUAUUGGGGAUGUGAACCAACUUCUAAUAGUGGCUAUGGUUCUUGAUCCCCGUUACAAAGUGGAUUAUGUCCACUUUACCUUUGGUUAUUUGGAAAAGGAUGCUUCCAAAGUUAAUAUGAUGAUAAGUGGGGUGAAGGAUCUUAUAAUGAAGUUGUACGAGGUGUACAAGAAAGAAGAUCUAGCUGCUGCCCAAGCUUAUGUGGAGGCUAAUUUCGAAGGUGCGGAGGAAACAAAUAUUGUUUACAGUGAUGAAAGGCUUGAAAGAUUUAUGACAUCAAGAAAAGAGAAACAUGUGGUUCAAAUUGGGAAUGAAGUUGAUAAAUAUUUGUUGGAGCUUCCUGAGAAUCCUAAAAAAUACUGGGUUUAA